AUGGCUGAGCAACCAACAAAACAGAAACUAUGGGGAGGUCGUUUCACAGGAAAAACUGACCCUUUAAUGCAUGCCUUCAACCAAUCGUUAAAGUAUGACCAGCGCAUGCAUGACGCAGAUAUCCGGGGCUCUAUCGCGUAUGCAAAGGCCUUGACCAAAGUCGGAAUCCUCACCCCCGAGGAGGAGACGAAGAUGAUCGAGGGCCUGAAGGUCGUUGGCAAAGAAUGGGCAGAUGGUUCUUUCGUACCAAAAGAGGACGACGAAGACAUUCAUACCGCAAAUGAGCGUCGUCUUGGGGAAAUUAUUGGUCCUUUGAGUGGAAAACUCCACACUGGUCGUUCUCGAAAUGACCAAGUCGCGACAGAUAUGCGGCUCUGGCUUUUGGAUCAAAUCGCGGACAUCGAGCAAGGCCUUCGGGGACUACUCAACGUCCUCGUUGAGCGAGCCGACAAGGAAAUUGAUUUCCUCCUCCCUGGGUACACCCAUCUGCAGCGAGGCCAACCCAUUCGAUGGUCGCACUUCUUGCUAUCUUACGCGACCUCAUUCCGAUACGACCUGGAGCGACUCUUGCAGUUGGUUCCUCGUAUCUCUGUCCUCCCUCUCGGAAGUGGUCCACUCGCAGGAAACCCCUUCGUAGUCAACCGCGAAUUCCUUCGCCAGGAGCUUGGCUUCCAAACCAUCGCAGAGAACAGCAUGUGGGGAGUUGGAGACCGCGACUUCAUUGUUGAGUUCAUGAUGUGGUCGAGCUUGACUAUGACCCAUAUUAGCCGACUUGCUGAAGACUUGAUUGUCUAUUCCACAGCCGAGUUUGGCUUCGUUAGCCUUAGCGAUGCCUACAGCACGGGUUCGAGCAUUAUGCCGCAAAAGAAGAAUCCAGACUCCCUGGAGUUGCUCCGAGGUAAAUCUGGUAGGAUAUUCGGAAACAUGGCCGGCUUCUUGAUGACCUUGAAGGGUCUUCCCUCGACUUACAACAAGGACUUGCAAGAAGACAAGGAGCCUUUGUUCGACAGUGUCGACAACGUCUCUGCCUCCCUCAAAAUCACCGAAGGCGUUAUCGCUACCAUGGACGUCCACGCGGACAAGAUGCGUCAAGCUCUUACAGUUGAUGUCCUGGCCACCGACCUUGCCGAGUACCUCGUCCGUAAAGGAAUGCCAUUCCGUGAGACCCACCACAUUUCUGGCCGCGCAGUAGCCUUGGCAGAGUCCCGAAAAUGCUCCUUGAGCGAUCUGACAGUCCAGGAUUAUAAGAAGCUAAAUCCUCUGUUUGAGGAGGACGUUCUUGAUGUGUUCGACUUCGAGGCUAGUGUUGAGCGACGAGACGCGAUCGGUGGUACCAGCCGACGAAUGGUCGAGCGCCAAAUUGCUGUCCUCCGAGAGUUCUUGCAGCAGUAA